UGGUAUAAGAAUAGUCAGUUAUUGAUCCCCUUUAACACAAAGCCUGAGUACAGAAUCAGUACUGUCUACUGGUCUAACAGUGGUUCAUAUACCUGUGAGGGUGUAAAGGGAAACAAACUCUCCAAGACCAGUGAUGCUGUACAGCUGACUGUGUCUGAUCAACCCAAGGCUGUCCUGAGUAUCUCUCCUCAGUGGCUGAACCCUGGAGACUCAGUGUCUCUGAGCUGUGAAGUUGACAAGACGUCUACAGGCUGGAGGUUCUCCUGGUACAGGACUGUUCCCUACAGAGCUGGGUUACCCUCCCUAUCAGACAAGUCUUACUCUCUACAGCCCCUAUCUGACAAUGYGACUAGUGAAGACUCCUACACUCUGAUCCCUGCUGGUCCUACUCCCACAGGAGGAUAUGUGUGUAGAGCUGGGAGAGGAGACCCAGUCUAUGAUACACUCUAUAGUGAACCUCAGUUUCUCUGGUCAGCAGAUCUGCAGCCUUCAGUGUCUCUUACAGUAAAUCCCAACACAACUCAACACUUUACAUCAAAGUCUCUCUCACUGAGCUGUGAACUGAAGGGGAACUCUACUGGAUGGAGACUGAAGAGAUACAGAGAGAGAAGAGUGAAGUCAGGGUGUGUCCCAUGGGGAUCAAUAACAGAAUCCACCUGCACCAUCACAUCAUUGAACACAUGGUACAGUGGAGUGUUCUGGUGUGAGUCUGGAUCAGGAGAGUACAGUAAUGCUGUCAACAUCACAGUAAAUGAUGGUUAUGUGAUCCUGGUGAGCCCUGUCCAUCCCGUGACUGAAGGAGACUCUGUGACUCUCAGUUGU